AUGCGACUUGGCUCUAUCGGCGCAGGCCUCGCUCUCCUCGCUGCCCUCGCUGUCCUCGCUGCCCACGUGCACGCCUUGGCACCGCGCACCCAGAUUGCCGAGGAAUACGAUUUUGUCGUCGUUGGCGGCGGCCAGGCUGGUCUCGUGAUCGGAGCUCGUCUGUCGGAGAUUGCAAAUUAUACAGUUCUCGUGCUGGAGGCAGGGACGAAUGGAGACGAAUUUCGAGAACGAAUAGGCACGUACAACUUUUAUACUCCCGCAUAUUCCUACUACGAGUCACUAUGGACGACACCAAUGAAUUGGGCAUACUAUACUGUGCCUCAAUCCCAUGCCGAGAAUCGUCAAAUUGAGUGGACCCGUGGUAAGGGGCUGGGCGGAAGUUCUGCGAUCAACGGAUUGUACCUGACUCGCCCCGGUAAAGAGGAGAUCAAUGCAUGGAAAGACCUGCUAGGAGACAUGGACGGGGCGGACAAUUGGUCGUGGGAUUCGUUCUAUGCUGCAAUGAAGAAGAGCGAGACUUUUACUCCCCCGUCGAAUGAGAUUGCUACAGAAGGGAACAUUACAUGGGACCUUUCUACUCGUGGUAUUCAGGGACCGAUUCAGGCAACGUAUCCCGGCUAUACCUUCCCCCAAGUCGGCGAAUGGGUCAUGUCUCUGGAAGCAAUGGGCAUUGCUAGUUCUAACGAUAUGUACGGUGGUGAGGUGUAUGGCGCCGAAGUCUCGACGUCGAGUAUCAAUCCCACGAACUGGACACGCUCGUACAGCCGGACGGGAUAUCUCGACCCGCUCGCAGACAACGGCAAUUACGACGUUGUGGCCGAUGCGUUUGUCACGCGCAUUCUCUUUGAUGCUUCUUCUCCGUCGAAUAAUCUGACAGCAAACGGCGUGCAGUAUACUCUUGACAACGGCAAGACAAACUGCACGGUCAAGGUCAAGAAAGAGGUGAUCUUAUCAGCUGGGACGGUUGGCAGUCCUGCGGUACUGCUCCACAGCGGUGUCGGUCCGAAAGAUGUUCUUUCAGAUGCUGGAGUUGAGCUGGUGUCUGAACUUCCUGGUGUGGGUCACCACCUUCAGGAUCAUUUUAACAACACCCUUUAUCUCUCCUACAUCGAUUCAGCCAUCGCCUACAUCAAUUCCACGCUGAUGUACGGCGAUAAUCUGGACGCACUACAGAAGAACAUCACCACUCAAAUCAACCAAUUCGUGCUGAACACGACUUACGAUGCUGGUGUCAUUGCAGGAUACAAAGCAAUUGCAAAUAUGACCGCAACCACAAUCCUCAGUAGUUCUAUCGGGCAAAUUGAGCUCUUGUUCAUGAAUAGUGACUUAAACGGCGAUAUUGGUAUCACUGCUGCUCUUCAACAUCCUUACAGCCAUGGACGCAUAUACAUCAAUUCCUCGAAUCCGUUGGACUAUCCCGUCAUUGAUCCGAAUUAUCUUGCUGUUUCUGCUGACUAUGAAAUCCUCCGCGACGGCCUCAAUCUAGCCCGCCAACUCGGCAACACACAACCCCUAAGCAGCUGUCUAAUAGCCGAAACAAUCCCCGGUCCCAGCGUCAAAACCGACGACGACUGGCUUGAAUGGAUCCGCGAAGCGACGGGGACAGAGUUCCACCCUUCAUCGUCCUGUGCGAUGCUACCCCGAGAGCAAGGCGGAGUAGUCGAUGCCAACCUGCGCGUCUACGGUCUUGCCAAUGUUCGUGUUGCGGAUGCCAGCGUUGUCCCGAUUUCAUUGUCGACGCAUCUUAUGGCGUCGACGUAUGGAGUCGCAGAACAGGCUAGUAAUAUCAUUCGUGCGCACUACACGGAUAGUAGGACUACAGGCACGAGUAGUUCCGAUCCUGGCUCUGCGUCGUCACCGACAAGCAGUGCAUUGGGCGCUGAAGGGACUACUGGGGCGAUUAGUGCUCAUACAGCGCCUUCUGGUGGUGUACGAAGCGUUUCUGCGGUAUCCGCUUGGGUUGCUGUUGUGUUCGCUGCAGCUGUUUCCAUUUUCCAUUCCUUGCAUUGA